GGCUUAUACAACGAUCUUGCGACUACUCCAACUGUGGACCGAUCAGAUCCCCCUGAUGUAGUCCAUCUAAUCAAAGGAUUUCAUUUAAGAACAAAUACACCAAAUCGAGUCCCUUAAGGGCCGGGGGUGACCUUGGCGACCGAAAUCUCCGAGAGAAUAAGCGCCAUGAAAGCGUGUAUCAGUAAGGCUGUUAACUUCUUCUUGACGGAGGCGACUACCUUGACGCUCCUUCAUGCAAUUGAAACAUCAGCACAAGCCAAACUUGAGCGUCUUGUACGGGUGGCGGCCGAGCACACUUACGUCAAGAGCAAGUCAAAAUGCCUUCCAAACACACGCGACAACACACAAAGAUCCAUCCUCAAUCUCUUAAAAGAAGCCAAGAGCCGAUUUGUCUGGUUACGCGGAUCUCCUGGCACUGGGAAGACAGCGAUAAGUAUGAGCAUUGCAUCCGCGCUCGAAGAGGAAGGUACUCUGGCAGCCUCCUUCUUUUGGGAUAAAAACCAAAAAGGAACGGGCCUUGAUUCUUUGGAGCGGUUUCCUUCUACCCUUGCUCGCCAGCUUGCGCUUUUCGAUGAAGACUUCAAGGUGUUGCUUAUUAAAUGUCUUACGAAGCCAGAUUCGGAAUUAGUUCUGAGCCUCGAUCCGAAGACGCAAAUGAAGACUUUGGUCCUUGAGCCGAUGAAUGGUCUCGAGGGAAUAUUGUCUGGGAGCAACAAACGGGUUUCUAUCAUCUUGGACGGUUUGGAUGAGUGCGGGGAUCCAGAGGCACUUGAGUCCUUGAUGGAACUCGUACUUCUACUUCACGAACUACCUUCGGCCUUCGCUGUGCUGGUUAGUUGUCGGCCAGAGCCCACAGUCCUUUCGGCUUGGAACAGAGCGCGGGGACAGGGUCUUGUGAUCCCUUGCGAAGAUAUGGAUAGGAUUGAAUGGGGUGACAAUUUCCACACCAUUCGUCGCAUGGUGGAAGAAGAGCUUCGGGAUUGUAUUACAGGUUCCCCUUGGAAACCAUCCGAUGAAGAUCUCGAUGUCUUCGUGGGGGGUUGCCGUGGAUUGCCUAUCAUGGCUUCAAUCCGGAUCCGUGACGUGUGUGUUCAGACUCGCCGCGGGUCUUCUCUUCAAUUGGAGUUUGAGUAUUUUCGCAGUCUUAGGGAGGUGCCCACAGAUCUGAACUGGGAGUAUUUACGAAUAAUGCGACGGGCCUACCUGUCCGAUUCCUCACGUAUUCGUCCACAUGUGGCCAAGAAUUAUCGUGAAAUAAUCACGAUGAUUAUUACAGCAGAGUGGAAGGAUCUCGGCACGGACGACAUAUCGCACCUCCUAGGAAUUACUGAGCAUGAAGUGCGCACAACACUUACACCGAUCAGCUCGAUAGUUGAUCUUCCCGAGUCAAACGAGCAGACUGUCAAAUUCUACCAUGCGACGGUGAAGGAGUUCAUUAUGGGAGUUCCCAUUGGCGAGGAGCAAGAUAAGAAACUUAUUCUCAUUCAUAUUAACGACCAAUGGCCGAUUGGCAAUAGCUGCAUUACCCUCUGGUUGGUAUCAAUUCGACCUGCAUAAUCACAAAUCAAUGGAGUUGUUGAGCGAAGCGCAGAAUCUUUGGCAGCGAUUCGACGACGCACCCCAUCCUCGUCAUCUUUAUCGAUCAGGCCUUCCAUUCACUCCAUCAUCAUUACGGCUCAGUGAAUUAUAUGGCCAUUUUU